UUGGGUUCCACGCUGGUUCUUCUCCCUGCUGCAGAACAUUUCCAGAACCAGAGACUAAAGUCUCGGAUCAGAGAACCUCAUCCAGGCUUUGAUUCCUGCAGCAGCGUCUUCACAGGUCUGAUUGACAACCCAACGGUCCAGAACGCUGCUGCUGGAGUUCUGACUAGAACCAGGAGGAUAGAGACACUGCCUGGUUCUACACCAUCUAGUUCUACACCAUCUAGUUCUACAUCAUGUAGUUCUACACCAUCUAGUUCUACAUCAUCUAGUUUUACACCAUCUAGUUCUACAACACCCGGUUCUAUACCAUGUGGUUCUACAUUAUCUAGUUCUACACCACCCGGUUCUACACCAUCUAGUUCUACAUCAUGUAGUUCUACACCAUCUAGUUCUACAUCAUCUAGUUUUACACCAUCUAGUUCUACAACACCCGGUUCUAUACCAUGUGGUUCUACAUUAUCUAGUUCUACACCACCCGGUUCUACACCAUCUAGUUCUACAUCAUAUAGUUCUACACCAUCUAGUUCUACACCAUCUAGUUCUACAUCAUCUAGUUUUACACCAUCUAGUUCUACAACACCCGGUUCUACACCAUGUGGUUCUACAUUAUCUAGUUCUACACCACCCGGUUCUACACCAUCUAGUUCUACAUCAUAUAGUUCUACACCAUCUAGUUCUACAACACCCGGUUCUACACCAUCCGGUUCUACAUUAUCUAGUUCUACACCAUCUAAUUCUACAUCAUAUAGUUCUACACCAUCUAGUUCUACACAAUCUAGUUCUACACCAUCCGGUUCUACAUUAUCUAGUUCUACACCAUCUAGUUCUACAUCAUCUAGUUCUACACCAUGUAGUUCUACAUUAUCUAGUUCUACGCCAUGUAGUUCUACAUCAUCUAGUUCUACACCCUCUAGUUCUACACCACCCGGUUCUACACCAUGUGGUUCUACAUUAUCUAGUUCUACACCAUCUAGUUCUACAUCAUCUAGUUCUACACCACCCGGUUUAACCUGCUGCUAGUUCUUGAAUCACUGAACUGAUUCCAGAUCUGCUGCUGGAUCAACCUGCUGGUCUCUCAGGUCUCCCGGAACCAGACCCAGACCCAGAACCAGAACCAGAACCAGUAAACUGCUGCUGCAGAUCAGAUCAACAGAGUGUGCUUUGAUCAUCAGUCCCGGUUUCCAGCAGUCGGAUCAGAACCAGCAGGGCUCCAGAACCUCCCAUUGUUUCAGAGGAACCAGGUGGAGUCUGGACUUCCCGGCGCCGACGGCCCAGAACAACAAACAGCCAGAGACCCGGUCCAACAUCAGAGCGGCUCGGCCCGGUUCACAUGUACCGCAGCAGAACCAGGAGGUUCUGAUCCGUCACAGACUGGGUCAAAGUUCUGGAUUCCUGAAGA